CAAGCAGCAAGUGGCAGGUGCACUAGCAGAUCUGUUACCGUGCAGAAGACCAUUACAGCACAUCGGUACCAGUUCUUCCAGGAGCCGAGGAGCGACAGCGACUGUCAGAGGAACAUCGCAGAGUUCAUUAAAGGCUGCGGCUCCUUCUGUGUGGAGCCUUUCGAGGUCAGUGACCUCCUGCAGGGGCUGAACUUCACCAAGGUGCUGAACUGCCUGGUCGCCCUGAACAAAGCUACUGAAGAUUUAGGUGUUUCUGAGGACAGUGUGUGUGUGUCGCACUCCUCAACAUCCAGGAUCAAGUCAUUUGAUUCUCUCAACACUCAGAGUCGCUCCUCGAAACUGCAUCAGCCUCAGUACCGCAGCCUGGUGAGUAACCAUGACAACCGCAGUAACAUAACUCACAAGUAA